CGGGUUCCCAUUCAACAAGCCACGCAUCACCCACACAAAAACCCCCUCCAAAAGAGGAAUCACGGCAUUAUUAUUUCACUCGCACACCACGAGUCACUUUACCUCCCGGCACGGCAUCCUUUCGCGAAAAAAAACACGCGGCUCGCUUCGAACGAGGGAUGGAGGAUCCUUUUGCUCGUAUAAACGGUUGACGAAUCAUGUUGGGUUUUCGGCACUGGUGUACCAAGCAACCCGUCACGAUUAAGAAUCUUACGGCGCCUCCAAAAUUGUCUCCAUCACGACUAAGUCCGUACUGUAUAAACCAUCGAGAUCAUCAUCCAGUUUUGCCGAAAAGAGAGAGACCCAACAACAGAAAAAAAAUACUUGUCAUCCUUCCCGUCCAUUAGUCUAACCGCCCAUACAUACAAUACGAAGUAAGCACCUAGUUGGUGAGUGAUUACUGGCACUUUGUACUCGUACAAUACAAGCACCUGGAAUCUUCCGUCUUCUUUAUUGUCCGUGUGUUUCGGCUCCACGUGGUAUCCGAGUCCCUUGUGCUUGAAGUGUUUAACCUGUUUCAGCCACAACCAUCACGUACACAAUGUACACUAUGGACUUUUUUCCCUACUACUUCACCCUCGCAAGUGACUUGCCGGGCCCCAGAGUGGCCUUUACAAAUCACCAUAUCCGGCGACCAAAAAACGUUUGACUCGCAUUUUGCGGGUUCGCUUGGAAAAAAUUUGGAAAUAAGGAAAAAUUGUGGCUUUUAACCGCCACCCGGGUGAAUGGUUCAAUGAAUGAUGGAAUUGGAAAUACAAAUCAUUGGAUGGAAAACUCCUUCAUCUGGUCUAGAGAACACCCCCAUGUUUAUGGAGUGAAAGUCAUCCACCAACCUGAAUGAUACUUUUCCCGCGCGGUCAGUCCGAGGGGCUUUUGGGUACGAGUAAUGACUGAUAGGGGGGGGGAGGGCGCUUCCUUGACAACUCCUCACUCACUCAGCUCACACCUCCUGGUUUUGGCGCCCGGCCUGUCAACCAUGCAUAGGCGGCACAUGGGAGACCAAUGAAAUAAUGACACUUCUUUUUGAUCGCUGCUGUUCCGAAACCACAAUGCAUGCUGCAGGAGAAAGAUCUUUUGGUGAGACUACUGUCACUCGCGAAAUCUGCUUGGUUCGUCUCGAAUCACAAUACUGAUGCUGUUACUAUUGCUAUUCUUAUAUUUUUAUUCAUCCAAUUACGGGAUACUAGAAAAAAAAGGGAGAACUGUACAGUCAGGGUUCCAAUUCAUACAAUACAGGUACGACUUACAAACGUAGGGGUAUGAAUGAGUGCUACGAGUAUUGAUUCAAGUUCUGGCUAUCGCUUGUGCUUAUCGAUAAAGCCGCCCUUUGUUAUCCGUUAUCGCCCAUAUCGAUAUCGCUUUCGCUUACUGCGUGGAUUGGGGAAGACAGGCGAAACACCGGCUGGGCGGUGGAUCUUGUCUCUGAUCCGGGGAAGUUUCCAGACCAUUAGUUUGGCUUGCCUGAGGUACUGUAUGAAUAAUUCGAAAAGGACGACGACGACGACGACGACGACGACGACAACUUACAGUACCAAGAAGCUAGACUCAGCCCCCCAAACAUCCCCCUUUACUUUACGAAUACCCUCCACUCAAUAACCUCUUUGUGCCUUGCUUACCCGGGCAAAUCAAAAACCCCGGCGAUGCAAGACCGGAGCAAUCCAUCCACAUGUGCUUACGUUCGCAACUUGGCGAGUAUUUUUGUCUUUUAAACCAAGAGAAAGGAACGGUUUCCUAAAGGGGGUUGGAGUAGACGAGCCACACAAAUACUGAAAGCCGAAAGAGGGCAUGAGACAAAGGAGUGUGAGAUGAUAGUGUGGUUCGUGGAUGACAAGAUGUCCCGUGGCUUGCG